AUGACGAAUAUGUCCGAUCUUUCAGAGGAUUUGGUAAUGGAGAUUCUCUACAGAGUUCCAAUGACAUCUCUGAAACCAGUGAGAUCUACUUGCAAAAACUGGAACACUUUAUCCAAACACAAUAUUUUUGGUAAAUCAGUAGCGAAGAAAGAGUUUCUAGGGUUCGUGCCGAUGGAUUUCAAGAUUUGUUCCUUGAGAUUCAAUCUUCAAGGAAUCCGCGACGAUGGCGACUUCAUCGGUCCAUCUAUAAAGCAAAUAAGCAUGCUGGAGAUUCUUAGAGUUUAUCACUGUGACGGCUUAUUGCUAUGCGUAACCAUGCAACCCUCGAGGGUCGUGGUAUGGAACCCGUAUUUGGGGCAAACUAGGUGGAUUUUACCUAUAACCAACCUCUAUAGAUACACCACGUAUGCUUUUGGAUACCAAGUGGACAACAGGAACAAGAACCAUCACCAACACAAAAUCUUGAGGUUUUCCAAUGAUUAUUGCCUCAACGUCGGCAAUCACGUUUCCGCAUCCGAAAUCUACGAUUUUAGCUCUGAUGCAUGGAGGGUUAUUGAUGUGAGUCCGGAAGGUGACGUGCAGUUUCAUACCAACGACGUGUCUUUGAAGGGGAACACUUACUUUUUCGCUCAAGAGAAAGUUUCAUAUUAUGGAGGAGUUGAAGUUUUUUUGCUAUGUUUUGAUUUUACAAGAGAGAGAUUCGGAUCGCGUCUCUCUGUGCCGUUUCGCAUUCGCGGUGGAGAGAAUGUGACUCUGUCUUGUGUUGGAGAAGAGCAGGUGGCAGUGUUACAUCACAGCUUGGACUUGUUUGAAACAAUGGAGGUUUGGGUUACAACUAAGAUCGAGCCUAACGCGGUUUCCUGGAGCAAGUUCUUGAAAGUGGACAGGAGAUUUGAGAUUGAUGUUCAGAGCUUCUUUAUUGACGAGGAGAAGAAAAUCGCUGUGGUUUUCGGUGCAAGCAGGCCUAAACAAGAAUGGGCCUCUCGCUAUCAAGUAGCUUACAUCAUUGGAGAAGAUGGAUACUUGAAAUCUGUGAGUCUGCAUCUCGGAUUACAUGACAAGCUAUAUAAUGGCUACUGUCACCCAUUCGUGUGCUCUUCUUAUAUUCCAAGCUUAGUGCAAGUGCAAAUCAACCAAGAGCAAAAGAUAAGAUACUAA